AUGUACAACCAAGAUGUAAAUGAUAGAGACGGUGCUACAUACGGAAACGUUGUCGAUGAUACGUGGAGUAUAUGGUCGUCUUGGAGUGACUGCAGCGCUACUGUUGGUUUGGGAUAUCGUGAAAGAAACAGACACUGUGUACGCAAACAGACCAGAGAUAGAUGUUUAGGACAUCCUAUUCAAUUUGAAAAAUGUUUGACUUUUCCCGAAGAAUAUCCUGUUAUAUCCUUGGACAAAGUUUCGGCAAGGUUAGAUGGUCCACAAUACGUUGCUGGUAAUGGUACAUUGCAGUUAUUUGUGGAACUGAUUGGUAAAUGGGUUGGGGUAAAUAGUGAUCUAGGACAAUGGGAUUUUGAUGAUGGAAAUGUUGCAUGUAAGCAUCUGGGAUUACCUGGCGCCACUUCAGUAUGGACAUCCAGUGUCAUGGACACUCAUGGUCAUUUUCAAUGUACUGUGAAUUGUGAAGGGACAGAGAUGACACUCAAUGAUUGUGAAAUCAAUUUAAUGCCUGCUACACGUGACGUAUAUGCCGGAAUUACGUGUCUCAAUGACGGUGAGUGGGAUGUGUGGUCCUCUUGGUCUCAAAACUGUAACAUUGACCAUAAGCAAUGUCGUACUAGAUCAUGUAUUGAUGGCAGUGACAAUUGUCCGGAGACGUCGGAACAACAACGUGUGAUCUAUGACCUAAUUAAGACAUACAGUAUUGAAUGUUACACAAAAGCCGAUGGGAGUGACUACAGAGGAAAACUUUCAACUACAGAACAUGGCAAAGUUUGUCAAAAAUGGACAGUCCAGUCUCCCCAUUCUCAUGACAGAACUGUUGCGAAUUAUCCCAAUGGUGGAUUGGGAGAUCACAACUAUUGCAGGAAUCCUGAACCUGUAGUAAUGCCGUGGUGUUAUACAAUUGAUCCUGCUGUCAGAUGGCAAUACUGUGACAUAGGCGACCCAAUGAGUACUUGCGGUAGUUGA